UCUCUAAAAUAAAACUACAGAUCAUUGUCAAUGAAGUGCAUUUCCGGCGCCAGAAACAAAGACAUUUCAAUUAUAAGAGUCUGUAUAUUAUAAAAAGUGCCACGCGAAAUAGACAGCUAAGGUCAGGUCGCAUUUUGCAUGCAGCAAACAAAAGCAACAGUCGAGGGGGAAUGUUUAUGUGCAUAAAGAGUUGAGUACUGAAUACUGCGUCACAAACAAAUUGCCAGUAAACCGUAUACAUUCACUUUGCGCCGAAUGCUGUUUGUCUAUCAUCUUCCCGUUUAAAUAUAUACAUAUAAAUAUGCGAGUAUGUGCAGUUUUUUUUACACUAAUCGUAGUGCGCCUCGUUCUUUGUCUGCAAACUGCUGUGCUGUAGGAAAAGCCGCACCAAACAAAGAAGUGCUAGCUAGUACGACAAUUGCAUAGCCGCAUUGCUAUACACUUGUCUCCCCUUUUGCACAUUUUACUACCCGUUCCAUGUGAAAUGACAGCGAGCUGCUACUCUAUGUGAUAUAUAGAUGCCGACUCUUGUAAAUUAUAAAUAUGUAUGUUAUAAAUAUAUGUGUGUGUAAUGUCGCUACAGCUGUGCGUUGGUUGGAUGAAGGUGAAGGAGUCGUACGGAAACGGACAAGCGUUUGGUUUCUGUUUUGUUUUGAAUUAACUGUUGCUAUUACCCGAUAACUUGUGUAAAUACAAAGGCAUAAGUAUACAUAUAUUAUAUGUAUAUAUACCAUAUGGUAUGAACACAUAUGAUACCAACCAAUAUGUACACAUCGUAAUGCUUAAACUCGUCAAAAAAUUAAUAGCACUAUGACUAAACUAAAGUUUCUCCCCCACAUUGAUAAAAUAAUGGUGCGAUAACGUAAAAAGUACUGUGAUAAUAAAAUAAAUAAACAAAAUUUAAACUAAUACGAAGAUAUGAAUAUCAAGUAAAGUCGAAAAAUUGCUGACGUUUAGCAAUUUCCCUGUAAUCAACUUCUUCAAUUCAAAAUUGCAUACACCUGGAAAGUUAUGCCUGGUUGACUUUGUUUAUAUGAAUCAUUAAUUAGUGCAUGGGGACUCAAAAGUUCAUAGGAAUAUAUACUAGGGCUAAUAUGUUUAUAUAAUUAUAUAUAAAUUAGGUUGUUGACGUGUUGCCGAUAUGUUUAUAGCGCGAAGAAUUUCGUCAGGUGCUAUGAAUAUAGAAAUAUUUCUAAAACAAGCAAAUACUUUAACUUCGAUUGCACCGAAGCUAAAAUUCCCUAAUAAAAUUUUUUUCUUGCAAUAACUUUGUUUUGAUCGUUCUGCUUUUAUAGCUGCCAUAGUGCCAGCCCAUCGUGUAGUAUUGUCAGCAUCGAGCGCCUACUUUGCCGCCAUGUUCACCGGUUCAUUGCGUGAGACCAAAGAGCAGGAAGUCACCCUCGGCGAGGUGCAUGGCGAUGCAUUACAAAUACUAAUACAAUACUGUUAUACGGGUUAUAUUGAGCUGCGCGAAGAUACUGUAGAAACGCUCCUAGCCACUGCCUGUCUGCUACAGUUGAACUCUGUAGUCACUGCCUGUUGCAACUUCCUUGCGCGCCAGUUACACCCAUCAAACUGCCUGGGCUUUGCCUUCUUUGCGGAACGACAAAGCUGCACAACGCUACUACGUCUGGCCAAAUCCUACACAUGCCAGCAUUUCAUGCAGGUUUGCAAAAAUCAAGAAUUCCUGCAACUCGACUCCGAGCAGCUGGGUAAGCUAAUUUCUAGUGAUGAUCUCAAUGUGCCCACCGAGGAGGACGUAGUGCACAGUCUCAAGAUGUGGGUGCAACACGAUCCCGCCAGCCGUGAAAAGCACAUUCCUGAAUUGUUGGCGUUAGUACGCUUGCCGCUGCUGAAACCCUCAUUUAUUAUGGAUCAUGUGGAAACGCUGUGCAGUUCCAAUGAAUGUCAACAGCUUGUGAUGGAAGCGCUUAAGUGGCAUUUAUUGCCCGAACGACGCAAUUUGUUAGCUUUAAUAGCUUCAGAGCGCACAAAGCCGCGUAAAUCGACGGUAGGUCGUUUGUUGGCGGUGGGCGGCAUGGAUGCGCACAAGGGCGCUAUAAGUAUUGAAAGCUACUGUCCGUAUGCGGACAAGUGGUCGGUGUGGAAGAAUAUGUCCGCACGUCGUUUACAAUUCGGUGUUGCUGUGAUGGAUGAUAAGUUAGUUAUAGUGGGCGGUCGCGAUGGCUUAAAAACGCUCAAUACAGUAGAGAGUUUAGACUUGAAUACGAUGGUGUGGACAGCGCUGAAUCCGAUGGGCACGCACCGCCAUGGCUUGGGCGUGGCGGUAUUGGAAGGUCCACUCUAUGCGGUCGGUGGUCAUGAUGGCUGGAGCUAUUUGUCCACUGUUGAACGUUGGGACCCAAGCACACGUACAUGGAGUUACGUGGCUUCGAUGUCCUCGAUGCGUUCGACCGCUGGCGUGGCAGUGCUUGGUGGUCGCUUGUUUGUGGUAGGCGGUCGAGAUGGUUCGGUGUGUCAUCGUUCGAUCGAAUGUUACGAUCCACACACCAAUAAAUGGACCAUGCGCGCGCCAAUGAAUAAACGACGCGGUGGCGUAGGCGUUGCUGUGGCAAAUGGAUUCCUAUACGCGCUGGGUGGCCACGAUUGUCCGGCCAGCAAUCCCUCUGUUUGCCGCACCGAUACAGUGGAGCGCUACGACCCCGCAACAGAUUCUUGGACUUUGAUCUGUUCGCUUAACGUCGGACGCGAUGCUAUCGGCUGCGCUUUGCUAGGCGAUCGCCUUAUGGCAAUUGGCGGUUAUGAUGGCAAUCAUUAUUUAAAAACCGUUGAAGUAUACAAUGCAGAGACAAACGAGUGGACUCAAGCUGCACCGCUGACAUACAGUCGCGCUGGCGCAAGCGUUGUGGCAAUACCGAAUAUCAUACCACCAACACCACCAUUACCCAGCGCAACAAAGAAAUGGAAACCGGUCAGAUUGAAUCCGAUGUGUUACAGACGCACCGUUGAAUUUGUCGAUUAUUACAACCUUUAAGCAACUACAUACAUACAUUAAUACAACAAUACAUUUUUUAUCAUAUUUUUUUACCAAACGAGUAUUUAGAUUUAAGAAGCAAAAAAUCAAAUUUUACUAUUGUAAUGGAUUCUUACUUUACAUACGCAUAUACAUACA